AUGGAUGUUUCAUCUGCAGCAUGGUUGUCCGAGCUGGAAUUAAUGGAAGAUUGUGAAUUCAAGAACCCACAUCAAAUCGCAAAUCCUUUUAUGGAUGCAGUUGGAGCAUUAUCUUCGGAAAGUUUAACUGAUUACCCUAAUUACUUUCUCCCAACGAACCAAUCUUUUCAACUACCUACUAGUUACAUCGAACGCGAUGUAACGAAGCAACCGAAGAAUAUCGCCAUUAACAAUAAUCGAAUGACAAACCCUUUUGCUUCUAGUCGUGUUUCAUCAUCCAAUACUUUCAUUAUGUCUUUCGGAAACCCUAAUUCACCACCGGAGAUGAAUCCACAUCAAAUUUACGAUGGAUCAAAUCUGAAAUACUCCGGUCACAUGAAGACUAAAGAAGAGAAGAACACCAAUGAUUUUCUGGGUUCUUUAGAGAGCGGAAAAAGAGUUCUAGGCGCAAGUAGGAAUGAGACACAGGCUCAAGAUCAUGUCAUGGCUGAAAGGAAGAGAAGGGAAGUAUUGACUCGACGCUUCAUUGCUUUAUCUGCUCUACUUCCAAACCUAAAAAAGAUGGACAAGGCUACUGUGCUCGAAGACGCAACUAAGUACAUAAAACAGCUUCAAACCCGAAUGAAGGAACUCGAAGAACAAACAAGUUCAAAGAAUAAAAGAUUUAAACAGGAAUCAGCGAUUUCGAUUAGAAGAUCUAAGGUUUCUGGUGACAACAAUGAUGAUACGCCUUCUUCUGACGACGAUGAGACAGGUUGUUCACCAAAUGGUGACACUUUUAAUCCGGAAAUUGAAGUUAGAAUUUCAGAAAGAAGUGUUCUUGUAAGAAUCUAUAGUCAGAAAAAUUCUUCAGUAGCAAUGAAAACUCUAAGUGAGAUGGAAAGACUUCAUCUGACAAUCAGUAGCAGCAGCGUUAUGCCAUUUUCGAGUGCUGCUCUUCUCAUCACUAUUACUGCUCAGAUGAGUGAAAAAUGUGACCUGACAGCAAUGGAUGUUGUGAAGCGACUGCAAUCAGCUAUAAGAAGUUAUAUAUGA